UAAAGCCAAAAAUUAUAAACUAAGUAAAAUUACAAGUGUGUAUACUACUACACUUGAAGGAAGUUCUCCGUCCUCCUUUGUGCCGAAAUGGUCCUUGCCAGUCCCUCAAAGCUUGCUUCCAAAACCGGGGAUCCCAAUCCAAGGUACAGACUGAUGGAAUCCUUGAAUCAUACCGGCACCGUCGCUUCAGACUCUAGAGGAUGCUAGAAAAAGGGACCACAAUUCCAAAGAAUUCAGGGGUGCUGUCAAACUUGGAGAGCUCAAGCAUUUGCUCGCCCAGCUGAGAAACCACAAACAUAAAACUAAGUCUAAUUACAAGAGUUUAUACAAAUACGCUUGCACGGUGUUCUCCGCCGACAUCUUUUAAGCUUGUCUGCGCCUCACUACAACCAGCUCUAUGACCAGAGGUGGCCACGACAUUUGGUGUUGGGUACCUGCCAACCUUUUUGCAUACCUACACAGGUCAGAGACUGGCUGGGUGCACUGUGUGGUGACCUCUAGUUAGCUAGUUGGUGAGCCUGUUCCGCCUUACCUCGAACUACGCUCGGUACUCAGUGAAAGGAUGCAUGCCAGAAAUCUCAAUGGCCUUCUUGCCAGGUGGGUACAGUAUCGAUAGUCAAAGUCAAAUGCCACCAGUGAGCUUUUUCUGCGUAUUAUUUGAGCUCUGUUUUGCUGCCAUGUUGCAGCUUCAGCUUCUUGAACCAAAAAGGCGAGCAACGGGCAGGUGGUUCCAACCUUUGUGCAUCUAGACCUGAAGCAUUUUAACAGCUCUGAUAGCUUUUGUAGUUUUCAAUGGAAAGGUGGGGGGUGACAUCUUGCGAAGGUGGCAGAGUGGUUUAGAUUUUAGUACAGCGGUAACCCACACUGCAAAAAUUUCUUGUUUCACCUCGUGCACCUCUACAGGCUCAAUUUCCUCGAUCUGACGACCUUCGACCAUGACAACCAUCUCUGAAACUCUCGCGCUUCGUGGAACCUUGAAAGGCCACGGUGACUGGGUCACCUCCCUAGCCACAACUCCCGAAGACCCCAAUCUCCUCCUUUCUUCUUCGAGAGACAAAUCUGUGAUUGUCUGGAGUUUGACUCACUCCAGUACAGGAGAUGACGACUCCUAUGGAUAUGCUCGUCGCGGACUCAGGGGACACUCCCAUUUCGUUUCCGACGUUGUGAUCUCCUCUGAUGGAGCUUUUGCUCUGUCUGCGAGUUGGGACUCUGAGCUUCGUCUUUGGGACAUCAACAGUGGCAAAACCACCCGUCGUUUUGUUGGCCAUGAAAAGGAUGUGCUUUCUGUUGCCUUUUCCGUCGACAACCGUCAGAUUGUCUCGGGAUCCCGUGACGCCACCAUUCGUCUUUGGAACACUCUGGGAGAGUGCAAGUACACUAUCAGUGGUGACUCUGAAGGACACUCUGAAUGGGUAUCUUGCGUUCGUUUCUCUCCUUCCCAAUCUGUUCCUCUGAUUGUUUCUUGCGGAUGGGAUCGUUUGGUCAAGGUCUUCAACUUGUCCAAUUGCAAGCUCCGCAAUGAUCUUGUUGGACAUACUGGAUACCUCAACACUGUGUGCGUGUCUCCUGAUGGUUCCUUGGCUGCCAGUGGUGGAAAGGACAACACUGCAAUGUUGUGGGAUUUGAACGAAGGAAAGCGUCUUUACUCUUUGGAUGCCGGCGAGAUUAUCAAUGGUUUGUGCUUCUCUCCCAACCGCUACUGGCUUUGUGCUGCUACCGAUGAUUCCAUCAAGAUCUGGGAUCUUGAGUCCAAGAUUGUGGUUGACACCCUUCGCCCCGAGGAAUCUGAAUCUGGAAAGACUCCCCAGUGCUUGUGCCUCGCUUGGUCUGCUGAUGGAUCUACUCUCUUCGCUGGUUUCACCGACAAUUUGAUCCGUGUGUACGCUGUCACUGCUCUCUAACUUUAUAAAUAGUACCGGUAGUGUAAAAAAAGGUUAUCAUACUGAUAGAUGUUUCGUAGAUUUGCUACACUGUACCGGUAUAUGGAAGUGGAUAGUCGUACC